AGUACACGUGGACAACCCACAGCGGAGGCCGCAGGAUGCAGGAUCAUCAGAGAUUCCCAAUUGAUAUACAGACCAGCAAACUGAUAGCCUGGCUGGUGGACAGACGCCACUGCAGCCUGAAGUGGCAAAACUCGGUGCUGAGUAUCCGGGAGAAGAUUAACAGUGCCAUCCAGGACAUGCCGGAGAACCAGGAGAUCAAGCAGCUCCUGUCGGGAUCCUAUAUCAAUUAUUUCCAUUGUCUCAGAAUCAUUGAAAUUCUCAAAGGUACAGAGGCGACCACAAAGAAUAUUUUCGGUCGAUAUUCGUCUCAGCGAAUGAAGGACUGGCAAGAAAUUGUGGCUCUCUAUGAAAAAGACAAUGUUUAUCUGGUGGAACUCGCCAGUUUACUGGUGCAGAAUGUCAGCUAUGAGGUUCCAUCACUGAAAAAGCAAAUCAGCAAAUGCCAACACCUUCAGCAGGAGUACAGCCGUAAGGAAGAGGACUAUGUGAACAAUGCAGCCAACAUGAGGGAGAAAUACCUUGCCUCCUGCAAGCAGUUUGGAAUAGCGGGUGAGGACAUCCAACAAGAGCUGUUAGCCUUGUGCACGGACCUGCCCUCCAUCCUGAAUGAGAUCGCCGAGCGAGUCAAAGGGUUGACCUGUUCUUUCAAGCUUUACGAGGCCUGCGUGGAGUUUGUGUGCGGCAGGGUGUCGGAGCCGAUGCUGCCGCUGUUAAAACACGUUCAGUUAAAAGGCAACACGACCGUCUACGAGUGGAAAACUGGCCAGAAGCCGACGGCGAUUGAACGGCCGGGCGACGCGGAGAGCUCCGAGCCCGCACCGGACGCCUCUGAGGAGACGAUCGACUGGGGAGAUUAUGGCAUCAGUGUUGAGACUGCAGGCCAGUCUGAGGGCAAUGACUGGGAUAUCACCGUGGAGGAGAGCACUGAGCUGAAUGGGCAGCAGGGCAGCGCUGAUGCCAUCGACUGGGUUGGUGACACAGCGGCUCCUGUUGAAAUCGAAGCAUUGGAGUCUGCGGUAGAAGGUGUGGAUGGAGUGGCGAGAGGAUCCGAUGCUUUAACAGUCUUAGAAAAUCCAGAAAAUAGAUGCCAGUUUAUCAAUGAGCUCAUGGAGUUACAGGCCUUCCUGACCCAGCGCAUCGCUGAGAUGAAGGAGGAGGCCGGAAUCCUCUCCAUCAACCAGUUCCAAACGGCCCCGCUCAUUCUCCAGAGUCAGGACGUGGCCCAGGUGGCUUCAAUGGUAGCCGGUGUCAACGACCUGAUCGAGCGACUGACUAACGUGAAGAUGCAAUAUUUAUUUACAAUCCAGGCUUCCCCCAGGUACGUGGACCGCGUGACUGAGAUGCUGCAGCAGAAACUGACGCAGGCUGACAUGAUCGUCGCAAAACAGCACCUCGUAGCCCAGAAGAGACAGGAGGCGCUGGAGGAACAAGCUGCACUGGAGCCCAAGCUCGACCUCCUGAUCCAGAGAACCAGAGAGUUUCGGAAGCAGAUCGAAGGUGAUCUCUCAAAACGAUACCAGAACCGCCGAGUAAAUCUGAUGGGAGUGAUUGUGUAAGAAUCCACUGCUGAGCUCUUCCCAGCCAUCAGCUCCGUGUCCAGCUGUUCUGAGCAGAGACUGAGUCACUGACUGACGGCUGGCUGAAAAUACCAAGAGAGGAAAUAAAAGCUGGAAUCAAAUUAGUCCAAAAGAUUCGAGAAAGAGAAUUGCAGCGGCAGUUUUAAAAUAUAUUUUUGAAUAACCUUAUUUUCCUUUGGUUAUUACUGCGUAUUAAACUUAACACUAACUAGUGUUUUAGACCCAGCCUUCUGCUCUGUUGAGCACCAUCAAUUCAAUGGAUGUUAAAUUUGUAUGACUACCGUUUUGUAAAUACAGUCGUUAUCAAUUUAUAUGUGAAAUAAAUUAAAAGUAAUGAUC